GCGCGCAACAUCUGUGCGUGCAGUCCCUUCUGACCUGAGAACUUCCAUAUCAAACCUAUGUAUGGACAGCUUCUAACGGGAAAUCUUACUCGAAACACAGGAGUUUGGAGCAUAUAUAACUAGCUUGAAAUUGUUUUUUAAAAGACUAUCUUAGUCAUUUAAAUGACAUUUUGAAAACCACGUCCUCCAGUUGUUAAUGGUGCGCUUGCGUGCAAAUGAACCCGGAGCUGUCUAAGUGCUGAAUCUAAAGACACGUCCACUCGUCUCCCAUUCCAGCAGCGGACGGUCUUCAACCCAAGGAAUUAUUAUUAUUCUUCAACACCACUAUACUUUAGAGACCAUAGUAUACGUUAGAGACUAUCUGUUUUCACUGAGUUUUUGAAUGAAAGUGAGCAAACGCCUUCCUGAAGGCUCUAUAUUCCGCGUCUUGUGGAUAUUUCUCACCUCACAACGUCUUUUCCACAGGUUAUUUUUAGGUGGCAAUGACUCAGAAUUGAUGAUUCUUUACACAUUAUCAACAACAAUACCGCACCUGGGAAUCAGUGUUUUUUCAAACUAAGCUAUGAUCUUACGGACUGGAAUGCCUCAUGUGUAUUCUCUGUGUUUCACGAGAACACCCAACUGCGCUUUGGUCAGAAAGAAAUCGAUAUUGCUGCUUGGAUUGUGUGUUUGACCAACAUUCACAUAUGGAAGAAAUAAAGAAGUGAAGAAAUCUCAAAUCAAAAGGAAUGAAUCGCCCCUUUCUCAACGUCUUGACUGCUUUAUUUGCAUGUUUAAUGGAGACCAACAACAGCAGGGUGGUGGAUGCCAAGGAGCAUGAGUCCAGAUCAGGCUCUACUACUAACUUGUCUCCCUCAGACUUUCUGGACUCAUUAAUGGGUAGAACAUCUGGUUAUGAUGCACGAAUACGACCAAACUUCAAAGGUCCCCCAGUUAAUGUUACCUGCAACAUAUUUAUCAACAGCUUUGGUUCUAUAGCAGAAACUACUAUGGAUUACAGAGUGAACAUCUUCCUGCGACAGAAGUGGAGAGACCCUCGGUUGGCAUACAGCAAAUACCCAGACUCCUCUCUUGACCUGGACCCAUCCAUGUUGGAUUCUAUUUGGAAACCUGACCUGUUCUUCGCCAACGAGAAAGGCGCCAACUUUCAUGAUGUCACUACAGACAACAAGCUCCUGAGGGUCUUCAAAGAUGGGACCGUCCUGUACAGUAUCAGGUUGACUCUCAUUCUAUCUUGUCCGAUGGAUCUGAAGAACUUUCCCAUGGACAUGCAGAUCUGUACCAUGCAACUGGAGAGCUUUGGCUACACCAUGAAUGAUUUGAUCUUUGAGUGGGAGAGCAAGGACAAAAAUCCUGUACAGGUGGCCGCUGGGCUGACCCUUCCUCAGUUCAUCAUGAGAGAUGAGAAGGAGCUUGGCUACUGUACCAAAAGCUACAACACCGGUAAAUUCACCUGCAUUGAGGUGAAGUUCCACCUGGAGAGACAGAUGGGUUACUACCUGAUCCAGAUGUACAUCCCCAGCCUCCUCAUCGUCAUCCUGUCCUGGGUCUCCUUCUGGAUCAACAUGGACGCCGCCCCAGCCAGGGUGGCACUGGGCAUCACCACCGUGCUCACCAUGACAACCCAGAGCUCCGGCUCCCGAGCCUCCCUUCCCAAGGUCUCCUAUGUGAAGGCCAUUGAUAUCUGGAUGGCCGUGUGUCUUCUGUUUGUAUUUGCUGCCCUACUGGAAUACGCUGGGGUUAACUUUGUCUCCAGGCAACAGAAGGAGUUCCUUCGCUUGAGGCGAAGACAGAGGCGGACUCACAGGGAUGACGACAUGAGGGAUGGCUUCAAUUACUCGGGUUACGGCAUGACUCAGUGUCUGAAGGAUGGGUCGGCUGUUAAAAACGCUGUCCCAAACCCCGGCCCAGCACCACCAACCCCUAAAGAGAAAGAGGUGAUAAGGAAGAGGUUUGUGGACAGGGCCAAGAGGAUUGACACUGUGUCUCGAGCAGCCUUCCCUAUGGCCUUCCUCCUCUUCAACAUAUUCUAUUGGAUAACAUACAAGGUCAUCAGGCAUGAGGACAUUGGCAUGCAGUCAGGGUAGUCGCUCUGCCCUGCAGGUUUUACCUAUGGAACUCUCAGCUCUCUCUCUUUCUCUAUCAUUUCUCUAAAUGAGAAACGCUAGGACAGCACAGUGUGACUAAUGUAUCUUAUGGGACUAUACAUGGAGGAGAGGCACAGGGAUAUCGAUGGUGUUGGUGUUCUUUCAGGGAAAAUUGAUAGGUGUUCAUGCAAAAUCUAAAAGACCAAUGCACAUGUUUAGGAUUAACAAUUGAACAGUUGGUGAGUAACAGAUGUAUGUUUUCGAUGUGUUCCUGUGAGCUAAUGCAUCCUGGAGAUUCUAAUGGGUUUUUACUUAAGGCACAGAACAAUGAUGUAAAAAGGUGGACCAAAUUUUAUGAGACAAUUCUGACUUUGCAUUUGUACAACCUUGCAAUGGAGCAACAUUCCAUGGAUUUGUAUGUGCAGUAGUCUGGGCUUUAUAGUUAAGGUUGGACGUUUGUGUGGUGAAAAAAAAAAGUUGAUUAGAGCAGUUUUAUAAAAUUGUACUGCAGUUCCUCACUGUUUCUACAAGCAGCAAUUCUUCCGUUUAUUAGGCAGCGAACACAAUACACACGCACGCACGCACGCACACACACACACACACACACACACACACACACACACACACACACACACACACACACACACACACACACACACACACACACACACACACACACACACACACACACACACACACACACACACACACACACACACCAUAUAAGGCCUACAUCUGUUUAUAUUACAGAGGAAUUUUCCAGGUCGAUUUGGUUUUACAGUUGGAGUGUAAGUUUUGUAAAUUUAACUGUAAUGAAAUGUUUAUUGUAAUGAAGGCAGAUGACAUGUUUCUAAAACAGAGAUUUCUACUUCUAAAGAUUCCUCUGAGGACUGUUGAAUGCAUCCCCUCACUUCCACACUGCAGUGCCCUCUUUGGGCAGUACGUAAUACAGUUGACAUUGUAUACUAUACAGUAUUGCAACUAUGAAGUAGAUUUUCAUAACUAGGGCCCUGUGUUUUGGCAAAUCAUGUCACAUGACCUAGAUUUGAAACUUUAUUUAAAGCUUUUUCAACAAACGGUCCCCUUUUCGUGUUAUGUCAGAUGGUCCAGCACAUUCUUUAGACAAUUGCUUUCAUUUUUUUUUUUGUGAAAUUCACAUUUUUGGAAAAGGCUUAAAGAUGCAUUAUGCAGAAAUCACUCCGCCAUUUCCUGGUUCCAAAUGUAUUAAUUGUUUGUCUAAUUUCCUAUUAAGUGACAAACAAGCAAGUAUAGUAUUGAGAAUCAUUGUACCAUCUAAACUGCUGUGAAAUAUAUUUUCCAUAACCAAAAAUAUUGUAUUUUCAGCUGUUUGAAGCCGAAAGUAAAAGACAAAAAAAACUCAUCUUUAAAACGGGAAGCAUAGAAAUAGCGUACAUAGAACAUAUCUACCGCUUCUUAGACUUGCUUUCAAUGAAAAUGACAGAUGUAUAACUUACAUUUCUAUGUGAAUUUUGUCAGGUCGUCCCAAAACAUAUUGUAUCUUUAAAAUAAAAUAUUAAAAUCUAGGUCAUGUGACAUGAUACCCAAAAACAGAGAGCUCUUCACAUAACACAUCAUAGUAUAGAGCAGUUAUUGGUCCUUGCACUUCUGACAUAAUAUGAGGAAAGUUUUUUCCUGAAUGAUGUUUCUGAAAAAGGUUGUUUACUAAACUGUACAUCAAUAAAGUUGAGUGUGCACCACACAUACGCUCUCCCUCA